CCGCGAAACCCCACCUUCCGCGGAGCGGGGCCGGGCCGGGCCGAGCCGAGCCGGGCAGGGCCGGGUAGGGCAGCGGCAGCCUGCGCGCACCGGAGCAACUGAGAGGAGGGUGCUGGUUACUUGUACAUCCUCAAGACCUCAGGCAUUGAGCCCUAUGGAGAGGGAGCUGGUGAAGGAUGCUUCUGCAGUGCUGAGCCUUGACACCCAUGCCCUCCAGUGCAGCAGUGAGCCUUGCUGGCAGGGUCCAUGGCCUAGGGAGCAGAGCUGAGGAAAGUGCUGCCAGUGUCCAGUCAUGAUGCCCUUCGGGGGAAUUGCUGCCCGGCUGCAGAGGGACCGCCUGAAAGCAGAGGGUGUUGGCCAACACCAUAAUGCCAUCAAGUAUCUCAACCAGGACUAUGAGGCCCUCAAGCAGGAGUGUCUUGAGAGUGGUACCCUCUUUAGGGACCCCCAGUUCCCAGCUUCCCCCUCAGCCCUUGGUUUUAAGGAGCUGGGGCCGCACUCCAGCAAGACGCGGGGAGUGGAGUGGAAGCGUCCUUCAGAAUUAGUGGAUGACCCUCAGUUCAUUGUUGGUGGUGCAACACGGACAGAUAUCUGCCAGGGGGCUCUGGGUGACUGCUGGCUGCUGGCUGCCAUUGGCUCCCUCACGCUCAACGAGGAGCUCCUGCACCGCGUGGUGCCCCACGGGCAGAGCUUCCAGGAGGAUUAUGCCGGCAUCUUCCACUUCCAGAUCUGGCAGUUUGGCGAGUGGGUGGACGUGGUGGUUGAUGACCAGCUGCCCACCAAGGAUGGGGAGCUCCUGUUCGUGCAUUCAGCAGAGUGCACUGAGUUCUGGAGUGCUCUGCUGGAGAAGGCCUAUGCAAAGCUGAACGGCUGCUACGAGUCACUCUCCGGGGGCAGCACCACUGAGGGCUUUGAAGACUUCACCGGUGGUGUGGCAGAGAUGUACGACCUCAAACGGCCGCCACGCAACAUGGGCCACAUCAUCCGCAAGGCACUUGAGAGGGGGUCCCUGCUGGGCUGCUCCAUCGAUAUCACAAGUGCCUUUGAUAUGGAAGCUGUGACCUUCAAGAAGCUGGUUAAAGGCCAUGCCUAUUCUGUCACAGCCUUCAGAGAUGUGAACUACCGAGGUCAGCAGGAACAGCUCAUCCGCGUCAGGAAUCCCUGGGGUCAGGUGGAGUGGACUGGAGCGUGGAGCGAUGGUUCCUCUGAGUGGGACAACAUUGACCCCAGUGACAGAGAAGAGCUGCAAUUGAAAAUGGAGGAUGGAGAGUUCUGGAUGUCUUUCCGGGACUUCAUGAGAGAGUUCUCCAGGCUGGAGAUCUGUAACCUAACUCCUGACGCCCUCACCAAGGAUGAGUUGAGCAAGUGGCACACACAGGUGUUUGAGGGCACAUGGCGCCGUGGGAGCACAGCUGGGGGUUGCAGGAAUCACCCAGCCACGUUCUGGAUCAACCCCCAGUUUAAGAUCAAGCUGCUGGAAGAGGAUGAUGACCCUGGGGACGAUGAGGUAGCCUGCAGCUUCCUGGUGGCCCUAAUGCAGAAGCAUCGGCGGAGGGAGCGGAGGGUGGGCGGCGACAUGCACACCAUCGGCUUUGCUGUCUACGAGGUCCCUGAAGAGGCUCAGGGAUGCCAAAAUGUGCACAUGAAAAAGGACUUCUUCCUGCGAAACCAGUCACGGGCACGAUCCGAGACCUUCAUCAACCUGCGGGAGGUGAGCAACCAGAUCCGGCUGCCUCCUGGAGAGUACAUCGUUGUGCCCUCCACCUUUGAGCCACACAAGGAGGCCGACUUCGUCUUGCGGGUCUUCACCGAGAAACAGUCAGACACGGCGGAGCUGGACGAGGAGAUCUCAGCAGAUCUGGGAGAUGAGGAGGAAAUUUCUGAAGAUGACAUAGAGGAUGGCUUCAAGAGCAUGUUCCAGCAGCUGGCAGGGGAGGACAUGGAAAUCAGUGUCUUUGAGCUCAGGACUAUCCUGAACAGAGUCAUCGCUAGGCACAAAGAUUUGAAGACAGAUGGAUUCAGCCUGGAUUCUUGCCGCAAUAUGGUCAAUUUGAUGGAUAAAGAUGGUAGCGCCCGCCUUGGGCUGGUGGAGUUCCAGAUCCUGUGGAACAAGAUCCGGAGCUGGCUGACUAUCUUCCGUCAGCACGACCUGGAUAAAUCAGGCACCAUGAGCUCAUAUGAAAUGCGCAUGGCUCUAGAGUCAGCAGGUUUUAAGUUGAACAACAAGCUGCAUCAGGUGGUGGUGGCUCGCUAUGCAGACUCCAGCAUGGGUGUGGACUUCGACAACUUUGUCAGCUGCCUGGUCAAGCUGGAGGCCAUGUUCAGAUUCUUCCGCAGCAUGGACCCCGAGGGCACCGGCACUGCUGUGAUGAACAUCUCUGAGUGGUUGCUGCUGACGAUGUGCGGCUAAGAGCCACAACAGAUCCACUGCAGCUAGGACACCCCGAUGGGCCAGGCCCACUCCAAGUGCCUCCCUUGGAUCUAUGGACACAGGAUACUCUCCCUCCUCUUGCUCCAUCCCAUGCUGACCCACCAGUCCUGCCUUGCCUCCCAGCAAGACUCUCCCCAGAAUUUCCUGUGGACCAUUUUGCAGGGUUCAGGGCAGGCAGGGGCUGCCCUUCUCUUCUUCUGGGCUGGUUCUCCCUCCUCUCUCCCCACCCCAGAACAGGAGGAGGGCAGGCACCACGAGAGUGCCUGUGCAUCACUGUACCUGGCUUUAUGGCAACCACUGUGGAGGCGAGUGAAGGAGCAGGCUCAAGUGUGGCCACAGAACAGGGAGCUGUGGGGGAAAGGGUGGUGGGAGGGAACAACCAGUGUUGCUCCGGCAUUGGCCCAUUGCUCCUGGCACGUUACCUGUGUGCUGGGAGCAUCAGCAUGUAUUACACUGCUCCAGUGGAGGCAGCUGGGUCCUGAGGCAUCCUAGUGGGAGGAGAGUGUGUGUCAUGGUGAGGAGGAAGGCCCAUACUCUUUCCACUGCACUCAUCACCACCAAGCACUUUCUAAAGGGUAACAACCAAAGCAUGGAGUCCUGUGUGGGUCAGGACACCAGCAUUUGGUUCCUCCUCCCACAGACUUCUUUUGUGUGGCCUUGAACCCAUGCCUUCCACCUCCAUAGCCCCCCCUCAGCCCUGCAGUAGGACUAAGCCCAUAACUUAAGCGCUGAAUGUUUAAGGGCUCCCUCACCAUAUGAUCAUAUAUGACAGUGGGUGUCUCCUCCAUAUGGACAUAGGAAUGCCACAAUCAUCAUGCCACUGCCUUCCCACAGCAACAGGUUCAUGUCUCCUCCCACUGAGGCCAGGGCUGGAACUCCUGUGGGCACUUGGCCCUGCCCCUCUUCCUGCCCCUUUUCCUGUUCACAGCCCUUGGCAGGGCCAGGGCAGGAGUAUGGUGCCACCAGGAAGCUGCCUCCCACAAAGCAGAGAGGAGCUCUGCUCAGUGGGAAGGAGUGGGAAUGGCUUAGGAGGGAUUUAUCCUGCUCACAGAUGUUUUCAUCCUUCUUUACAUUGCCAACACACACAGUCGCGCUCCCCUCCUCUCUUGGGCUCCUCUACCCAGCACAGAUGGGCUCCUAUGCAAAGUGAUUGCACUUCUCCGCACUCCUCCACUCUCUUCUCUUUUUUCCUGUGGUAACGGGGUGGCUGUAGCUUGGCAGGGGGCAAAGGACAGGCCUUUGCCUUAUAGAUGUAGGCAAGACACUUCCGUUUCCCCUAUGCCCUUGUCGUUGCUGGAGAAUGUGCCCGCAGCAAUAACCACUCUGUCUAGAUGGCAAAGCUGCUUCCUCACCAUGCUCACUGUGUACUCCAAAUAAACAGAGAUCUGUUAGAAA